AUGGCGGACAGUUCGGCGACAGCUGCUGCUGCUCCUCCUCCAGUUCGAGCCAGCGCGCCACCAGGCAAGGGUCUCAAUGUCAUCGCCCUGGUCUCGGGUGGCAAGGACAGCUUCUACUCUGCCCUCCACUGCCUCGCCCACGGCCACCGCCUCGUCGCCCUGGCUAAUCUGUAUCCGGCAAGAGCACCAGCGGAUGGCUCCCCGGCGGUGACGGCGGCACAGAGCAGCAGCAGCAGCAGCAGCAGCAGCACCACCACCAAGACCACUGUCGUUCUUCCCGCCGCUGCCGGCCAGGGUGCUGCUGGCUCGCUAGCGGUGGUGGCAGGGGGGUCCACAGCCGGCCAGGCUGUGGACGGACAGGGGCCGACGACAACGGCGCCUGGCCAGCAGCAACAGCAACAGGGGGACGAGGACGAGGCCGGGCUCAACAGCUUCAUGUAUCAGACCGUCGGCCACCAGGUCCUGCCCCUGUACGCCGCCGCCACCGGCCUCCCGCUGUACCGUCAUCCCAUCGUCGGGGGCGCCCUGCAGUCCGCGAGGGAGUACGCCGACCCGUCCACCCUGAGCGGACCUGCCUCCUCCUCACCCCAGACAACGCGCCAGGAGGACCCUGGAUCAUCAUCUCUGGCCUCACCGCCAUCUGCAGCAUCUUCUCCCUCUCCCCACGAAGGAGAUCAACACGCUCCUGCUAAUCAAAGCCCUGCUGCUGCCGUCCCGCAGCAGAAGGGUACUCCCGCCGACCAUGCCCCGGCCGCCGACGAGACCGAGUCCAUGGUCCCCCUGCUCGAGGCCGUGAUGAGGGCCCACCCAGAGGCCAACGCGCUCUGCUCCGGCGCCAUCCUGAGCACGUACCAGCGCACGCGCGUCGAGUCGGUCGCGACGCGCCUCGGCCUCGUCCCGCUCGCCUUCCUGUGGAAGUUCCCCGCGCUGCCGGGCGCCGGCGGCGACGACGACGACGAGGCGCAACUCCUGCACGACAUGGAGGCCGCGGGCCUGCGGGCGCGGGUCGUGCGCGUCGCGAGCGGCGGGCUCGACGAGAGCUUCCUGUGGGAGGAGGUGACGGGCCGGCGCGGGGUCGAGAGGGUGAGGAGGGCCGUGGGCCGGUACGGCGCGCCUGAGCUCGGGGCCGUCAUUGGCGAGGGGGGUGAGUUCGAGACGCUUGUGCUUGACGGGCCGAGGUGUCUCUUCCGCGAUGGCAGGAUCGCGGUGAGGGAUGAGGACAGGGAGGUUGUGAGCGAGGGCGGGGGGACGUACUGGCUCAGGAUACGGGGUGCCUCUGUCGAGGCGAAACCCGAAGGUGGUGCUGCUGGAGGGGAUGCGGCGGAGGAGCUCGUGCGCAUUCCGGAGCUGUUCGACGGCAGGUUUGAGGCCGUGAUGGCUCAGCUGUCACAAGAUGAGAGUCGUGACCAGGACGUCGUCGAGGAGGACGACCGGUCCUUGUUAUCAAGUGAUGAUCUAUUUCUCAACGACAACAUCGAUAGCUCUGCUAUAUUUACACCCUCGUGCUUCGUCGCCGAGCAAUCUUCCCGUUCCUCUAUAGAGGAGGAAACUCGCUCCAUAGUCACACAGAUCCGCUCCUUUUUGAGAGAGCACUCCCUCCAGCCCCUAUCCAUCACCAACACCGUCGUCGUCCUCCGCGACAUGGCAGACUUCCCCGCCAUCAACGCCGUCUACGGCGCCCUCUUCCCGGACCCAAAUCCGCCCUCCAGAGUCACCAUCUCGUGCGGCGACCGGCUGCCGCGAGGGGUCGGCAUCGCCGUCUUCCUGUCGGUGCACAGGGCGCUCGAGCGGGGGGACAGGCAGGGGCUGCACGUCCAGUCGCGCUCGUACUGGGCGCCCGCCAACAUCGGACCGUACAGCCAGGCCGUCUCGGUGCCCGUCGCGAGUCUGUUGCGGGGCGGCGGCGGCGGCUCGCGGGAGGGCCAGCAGCAGCAGCACAGCUCUGGCGGCGCGAGGCUCGUGGCCAUCGCGGGCCAGAUCCCGCUCGUGCCGGCGACGAUGGAGCUGCCGGCGCCGGAGCAAGACUCGUUCUCCCUGCAGCUCGUCCUCGCGCUGCAGCACCUCUGGCGCGUGGGCGCCGAGGUGGGCGUGCAGUGGUGGAGCAGCGCCGUGGCGUACGUGCCGCGGCAGGCGCCGGCGCUGCGGGAGAGGGCCGUCCUGGCGGGGAGGGCGUGGAGGGCUGCGCACCGGUGGUCCAAGGACGGCAAGCGGGAUGACGACGAUGAUGACGACGACGACGAGGAACCUGGCGGCCCGGACCUCUGGGACAGGACGUUCGACACGAGGUACCGGUCGUACGCCGCCGCGGAGUCGGAGGCCGCGGAGCGGCGCGGGUCGCUGCCCGACUACGGAGUCCUCGCGCGGCCUUGUGCUGCGGACCAGCGCCGGCCCGUGCCGCCCGUCUUCGUGGCCGAGGUCGAGCAGCUGCCGCGCUCGGCGCAGGUCGAGUGGCACGCGCACCUCGGGUUCGCGGGCGCGGGCGCGGGGCGGGGUGGCACCGUCCGCACGGCGACGUACCCGCUCGCCAGGGGCGCGGCGAGGAGGGGCGGCGUCGCGCACACGACGCUCGAGGAUGGCGACGGGGCUGCCUUUGUGCAGACGGUCGUGUGGUGGGAGUACCCCGACGCCGCGGCGGGGGAGGAGCCCCUCGUGGCGAGCGAGCUGGAUAUUACGGAUGAGGACGACGAGGACGGGCUGAGGAUGGGCCGCGACGGGAUGUUAGGGGGUGGGAAGGGCGCGCGGCUCUCGCCGUGCCUGGUGCCGGAGCUGGUGUACGUCGACGCCCGUGCGUUUUCUCCUGCGAGUGCGGGGGAGCAGCAGAAGAUGGAGGAGGAGGAGGGGGCGUGGGUUCCCGGCGGCGGUGCGCUGCGGACGCCGGUGGUGCCGUGUUUUUCGCUCUGGAAGGCGGACGACGGGGACGACGGGGCGCGGCGGCUGGGUGCUGUGGUUGUGUAUAGGGGUGUUGUGGGGGGGUGCGUUUGGGGUCACUGCGGGUAG